AUGAUGAAUCAUUUCAAUAUGACAGAAUUGAGUUCAAAUAAUGAUUUAAACAAUUUAUAUGAGUUAAGAAAUCUUGUACGAACAAUAUGUACACAAUUAUUAAUUCCAAUUGUGUGUAUCAUUGGUAUAUCAACAAAUGUAUUAAAUAUACUUGUUUUAGCUCGACCAAAAAUGAAUUCUUCAACAAAUAAAUAUCUACUAGCUGUAGCUGUAUGCGAUUUAUUCUACGGUAUUACUUUAAUACUACUUUCAUUGAGACCAUAUAAAGAAUUUGAAAAAGAGAAAUUUUAUAUGUAUUUAUUACCGCAUAUAAUGGCAUUUGGUAAUUUAUGUAGUAAUACAGCUUGUUGGUUAACAUGUGCAUUCACUGUUGAACGUUAUAUAGCUGUUUCAUCACCAAUGUUAGCAAGAAAAAUUGGUACAAAACAAAAUUGUAAAUGGAUAAUACUCACUAUUUGUUUAUUUGCAUUUAUUGUCACAUUUCCAGACUUUUUGACGCACACUACAGAAUGGAGGGAAGAGUCUAGUAUUGGAGAAAAUAAUAGUAUACAGGAUGAUUUGUAUAAUGUUGAUGACUUAAGAAUGCGUAAUAAUAUAACUGUGAAUAGUAAGGGAAGUAAUACACCAAUGUCUACACUUACUGGGCGUUAUAAUUUGGUAAAUACAGAAUUAGGCAAAAUUCUGAUUAGAAUUGGAUGGCCAGUUAUUUUAAUUAUUCUUGUUGUUAUAUUACCAUUAAUAAUUUUAACAGUAUUUAAUGGUCUACUAAUUAAAUCUAUUAUACAAGCUUCAAAGAUACGCGUGAAAUUGACAAAAAAGUCGAGUGUAUUUCUCCUGCCUAAACUUCGUUAUGAUGAUACUUGUCGAACGGAUAGUUUAUCCAAUUUAACUAAAGAUAUUACAGUACCACUAAGAAAUGAAGGACAAAAUGAAUAUUCGAUUAAAAAUUCCUUACGUAAUCAUCAAAGACACUGUAAACACAGAAGUCAGCAUAUACAACAACGACAUUCUCAAAGAAUUGUUAUAUCACCCACUGGAAUAAUCAAUGAUAGCAUUGAUAAAGAAGAUGACUAUGAAAUGACUGGAAAUGAAAAUUUACCAAUAAAUAUUGAUGAACAACAGUUCAAUUGUACAUCGACAACAAUUCAUAAACCACGUUCUUAUUUUAAUGAAAGAGAACGUAUUACACUAAUGUUAAUUUUAAUUGUUGUUGCAUUCUGUGUAUUAACUAUGCCUAGCGCUUUGGUACACUUAAUUAAAGUUUCACGUCCAAAUCUCAAAAAUGAAGAGGUACGUUUAAAUUUAUUGAUAGCUGGAAAUUUUGUCAAUUUGUGUUUAGCUAUUAAUUCUACAUUGAAUUUCUUUUUCUAUUCAUGGUUGAGUAGACGUUUUCGUAGAACAUUUUAUAAUCUUAGAAAGUGUAAAUAA